CAAACAUGGCCGACCGUGAGAAGCGCCGAUCUACCGGCUCCGGGACGUCUCCCGCAGCAAUAGUGGCCGAGCCAGGCCCGAGUUCCAAAUCCUCCGGAACUGGGAGCGACCGCGAGUUCCUGGCGCAGGCCGGCGUAGGUGAGCUGCUUCGCGGUGCCCUGUUAAAGAUGGUGGAGGCCCGACCGGACGACCCCGUCGGCUUCCUGGCCGACCAUUUCAGCAGCCUGGCUGCCGCAGUGAUGGAGAACAGCGGCCAAGACUCGAAGGACCUGCGUGUGAGCGAUGCUCCGUCGGGUGAAGAAGGAGGAGGAAGCGCCCGGAAUCAGCAGCGACUCAAUCGGGCGCUGUGGCACCUGCGACUGGCCCACCAUUCGCAAAGUUCUGCAUUUUGCAACAACGUCAGAGUGGCUUACGACCUCCUGAGCCUGGCGGCACCUAUCGGGCAUACGGAUGAUGGUGACCCUUUGAGGGUUGCGGGUGGCGGGGUCAGCGGUGGCCUGUACACACAAACCCUGCGAUGCUUGUGCGACGAGGGCGGCGUCCCGGCCUCCACUUCCGCCCCGCUGCUGUGCCGCCUCCACUGUCACGACCACGAGGCCGUCCCUUACGGCGUUUUCCAUCAUGGUGUGCUGACGUGCGCUGUUUUCUCUGACUACAUCCGCCAAGCGCAGCGGCUCUACGCCCAGGUGUGUCAGCCGGACGAGGGUCUGGCUUUGCGGGGCCCGUGCCUGGCCGUGCUGAGUGCCCUGAGGGAGGCUUUGGAGAUGUCGCAUGAUGCCGACCCCCCCAACGUCAAGGCGCUUCGUCGCCUGGAGGCCAGUGCCAAGAUGUCGCCGCACCAACUGGCGCACGCCAUGACUGAAGCGCAGGCGCGAGGCCCAGCCGGCCACAUGGACGCCAAGGAGUUUGAGAACGCCGCCGCGGAACUCUUUAUCUCUCGAGUGAAAGUCGUCUCCUAGCUGACAAUUAUAGACAUUUGCUUGUUCAUAA